ACGUGAUCGCGCCUGGGGAGAAAACGCCUGACCCCAGUCCCUGGCCUUCACGCCACAGCCGGUUCGCCCAGCGACUCGUCUGCCGGUCGCACUUCGGUGUUCUGCGCGUCCCUCCACCCCGACCCGGGGUUUUCCAGGAGCUGUGUUCGCCAUGCGGCUCCUGCCUCUGGCUCCAGGUGGGCCCCGGUGGGACAGCCGCCGCCACCUGCCCUCCUGCGGCCGCUCGCUGCCGCUGCUGCUCCUGCUGCUGGGCGGCUGCCUGGGGGUCUCCGGGAUGACGGCGGGCUCGCGGAGGCCCAACGUGGUGCUGCUCCUCACCGACGACCAGGACGAAGUGCUCGGCGGCAUGACACCACUGAAGAAAACCAAGGCUCUCAUUGGAGAGAUGGGGAUGACUUUCUCCAGUGCUUAUGUGCCAAGUGCUCUCUGCUGCCCCAGCAGAGCCAGCAUCCUGACAGGAAAGUACCCACACAAUCAUCACGUUGUUAACAACACUUUGGAGGGAAACUGCAGUAGUAAAGCCUGGCAGAAGAUCCAAGAACCAAAUACGUUUCCAGCGAUUCUCAGAUCCAUGUGUGGUUAUCAAACCUUUUUUGCAGGAAAAUAUUUAAAUGAGUAUGGAGCCCCAGACGCAGGCGGACUGGAACACGUUCCUCUGGGCUGGAGUUACUGGUAUGCUCUGGAAAAGAAUUCUAAAUACUACAAUUACACCCUAUCCAUUAAUGGGAAGGCGCGGAAGCAUGGUGAAAACUACAGUGUGGACUAUCUGACAGAUGUGUUGGCCAAUGUCUCCUUGGACUUCCUGGACUAUAAGUCCAACUCUGAGCCAUUCUUCAUGAUGAUCUCCACUCCAGCACCCCAUUCACCAUGGACAGCUGCACCUCAGUACCAGAAGACUUUCCAGAAUGUCUUUGCCCCAAGAAACAAGAACUUCAACAUCCAUGGAACGAACAAGCACUGGUUAAUUAGACAAGCCAAGACUCCGAUGACUAAUUCUUCAAUACAGUUUUUAGAUAAUGCAUUUAGGAGAAGGUGGCAGACUCUGCUGUCAGUGGAUGACCUGGUGGAGAAACUGGUCAAGAGAUUGGAGUUCACUGGCGAGCUCAACAACACCUACAUCUUUUAUACAUCAGAUAAUGGCUAUCACACAGGACAGUUUUCAUUGCCAAUAGACAAAAGACAGCUGUAUGAGUUUGAUAUCAAAGUUCCACUGUUGGUUCGAGGGCCUGGGAUCAAACCAAAUCAGACAAGCAAGAUGCUUGUUGCCAACAUUGACUUGGGUCCUACUAUUUUGGACAUCGCUGGCUACAGCCUGAAUAAGACCCAGAUGGACGGGAUGUCCUUACUGCCCAUUUUGACAGGGGCCAGUAAUUUGACCUGGCGCUCUGAUGUCCUGGUGGAAUAUCAAGGAGAAGGCCGCAACGUCACCGACCCAACGUGUCCCUCCCUGAGUCCUGGAGUAUCUCAAUGUUUCCCAGACUGUGUGUGUGAAGAUGCCUACAACAACACCUAUGCCUGUGUGAGGACCAUGUCAGCGCUGUGGAACCUGCAGUACUGCGAGUUUGAUGACCAGGAGGUGUUUGUGGAAGUCUAUAACCUGACCGCGGACCCAGACCAGAUCACUAACAUCGCUAAAAGCAUAGACCCCGAGCUUUUGGGAAAGAUGAACUACCGGUUAAUGAUGCUGCAGUCCUGUUCUGGGCCAACCUGUCGCACGCCAGGGGUUUUUGACCCCGGAUACAGGUUUGACCCUCGUCUCAUGUUCAGCCACCAUGGCAGCAUCAGAACUCGAAGGUUUUCGAAACAUCUGCUGUAGCAGAAGUGCCCAGCCUCUGCAGUUGGAUCCCUGCACGCUUCCUUCUGAUGAAGUGAUUGUAGUAGGUGUCUGUAACUUGUCUUCAAGACCACGCCUGGAAGAGUUGCUGGACUGCCUUUGUUUCAAGUCCUGUUUGGAAAAGCAAUCUAAUCAGCUGACUUCCUUGUGCCAUGUGUGAAACUGUGAACUCUGCCAUCAAGAGUGGCUGUCCCAGCCUCUUCCUUUAGCUGAUAACAAACACUCCUGACGUCUUUGUUCUCACCACAAUCCUUUCUGUCCUGGGGCCACAGUUCUUAGUAUUCCCCACGUGGUCCAAGUCUGAAUUUACAAAUCCAUUGAGAUAAAUGGCAAUACUUUAGGGGGAGAAAGGAAAUCUGUUGUUACAUAGGUUUGACCCAAAGUCAAAGGACCUGCAUACCAUUUCAGAUUGAGCACGUCACUAUGAAAAUUCCUAACAUCACAUGGCUUAACCACCAGAGCAGGAUCAUCUCAUGAAGAACAUGCUACCACUGUUGGAACAAGCAGAGAUAUUGUGUAUCAACUCCUUCAUGAUGUGAUAAUGUCACAGACUUAGUAAGUCCACCAGGCUCUGUCUUUGGUUUGGGGAGUUUUUGUUUCUGUUCUGGACUGAAAUGGAGCCAUCAGCUUGUAGAAGCUAAUCCCAGGAAGCUCUUGAGGUGACAGCCAUUACUUGCCAGUGGCUGCCAACCACACGGAGUGCCAGUUAGCAUGAGCAGUAUUGGAGGGAAAGGGCUUCUCUUGGGGCUUUCCUCUCUGAUGUAAAAAAUAACAGUGGCUUAGGUGCACCUGUCAGGGGAGAAAAAUGGCCAAGGGUUGAUGGGAAGGCUGUGUUUUCUGAGGGCAUUCUAUGGCUAGCCUUGGGUUAAGAAGUUUUAGGCUUGUACCCCUGUCGCGCAGGGAACCUGAAUGUCAGUGCAUGCAGUCAUUUUGACUGUCUGGAUUUUGCUGUCACUGUUCGUUUUAAGAUGGAAAAACUUCUUUCUGUGCCCCAUGCAGAUAGUUGCCCUGAGUGUUAUGGAGUCUUACUUAAUGGGCCUCGCUGACUACUCCCCUGUUGGCAGCAUCUGUUUAGGCUUCUCCAUUCUUCAGAAUAUCUACACUUUUAUUGGCAGAAGGCCAAUUCCAUUUCUACUGUUUGUUUCACAAGAAGGGUAAUUGUGAUGGUGGGGUGGCAGAGGGUAGGUAGAGAUACAGUCUUACAAGCUAUUCAACUCAGGCAGGAAGUCCUUUUAGCUUUAAGAUUUUCUGUCAAGCUUUAGGCACUUUGUAAGACAUAGCCAUGAGUAACUUUGCUAUGAGAAUUUCAGAUGGGUUAAUAGCUGUUGAGUUUAUCCCAUUACCUCAAGUGAUCUCAGCACCUGUGGUGGUAUCGAGGUGAAAUAGGGAGUGAAAUGAACACCUCUGCUAUGAAUGUUUUAGAGAAAUUAUAGAAAUCUUGUAACAAACUAUAAUGUUGAAUAUGGGUAUCACCUUUAUUCUCUACUUUGACUGAUAAUAUUAUCAGUCAACUUCCACAGUAAUGAAAGUUGACCACAGUUAUUCCCAAAUAAAAAGAAAGCAACUCUUA